AUGAAGCUCUCUACUGUCUUCCUCGGCCUCGCUGCCACCGUCGUCGCCCAGGACAUCACCAGCGCCAUUGGCGGCAUCAUCUCCAGCGCCACUGGCGGCGUCGGCGGCCUCAUCUCCUCGGCCAGCGACGCGCUUCCCGGCGGCGGCUCCAGCACCUCCGCCUCGGACGCUUCUGAGACUGGCUCUUCCGCUUCUUCUGCCACCGACUCCACCACCUCUGGCUCCUCAUCCGAAACUACUCCCACCUCGUCGGCCUCUUCCGCUAGCAGCAGCAGCAGCAGCUCCGGGGCGAGCAGCCGCAGCAGCAGCAGCAGCAGCAAUGGCGGUGGCGGCGGCGCCUCGAGCACCUCGAACGGCAACGGCGCCUCCUCCACCGCCGCCGCAGCUGCUCCCACCAACGCUGCUGGCUACCUGGCCCCCGUUGCUGGUCUCGCUGUUGCCGUUGCUAUGCUGUAA